GCUUUGCGCCUUCUAAAACCCUAGUCCAGAACGAACUAAAACCCGCAACCGCGAAGCCACUAGUAGAAGGCGGCGGCGGCGGCGAUGGGGAGCGACACGGAGACGGAGAAGAAGAAGACCCCGGUGGCGCUGAUGCCCAUCGCGAAGCCCCUCGCUGGAAAGAAGCUCUGCAAGCGGACCCUCAAGCUCGUGCGACGAGCCUCUGAGGCCAAGUGCCUCAAGCGCGGAGUCAAAGAGGUAGUCAAGAGCAUUCGCCGCGGGAACAAAGGGUUGUGUGUGAUUGCUGGAAAUGUUUCUCCUAUUGAUGUGAUUACACAUGUUCCUAUACUAUGUGAGGAAGCUAAUGUUCCUUACAUAUAUGUUCCAUCAAAAGAGGAUCUUGCGACUGCAGGAACCACAAAGAGGCCGACUUGUUGCGUCUUGGUUCUGACCAAACCAACCAAGGGGGAGCUCAGUGAAGAGGUGAAGGAUAAACUGAAGUCAGACUAUGACCAAGUUGUAACGGAAGUUGCUGAGGCUACGUCUGCAAUGUUCUGAGGACCAUAUUAUCUGAGAAUCAGGCAACUCCAUGUGCACAUCUUUCUUGGUGUAGUAUGUAACUUGAUCCUGUCAACCUGCCCUGCCUGCUUGGAACAACCGCACCAGUAUGUUUUGCAUGGUGGCUGGAGCGAUAUGACUAUAUGAGUUUACCUGCAUAUUAUGGACUAUCCUUGUUGGCGUAUUAUCCUAUUAUUAAUGAUUAGAUUUAGCCAAUUAUAAUCAGUUCGGUGACCACACUGUUUCCUUGGGUUGUCGAAUCUUGGUAGCUAGUAGGCACGUUCCAGGUCUUGUGUUGAUGACUUGUCACAAGAUGUGCCUGUAAAUCUUGCGGUAUCUUAGCGCCUUAUAUCAGGAUCA